GACUUCUCUCCCUCUUACUCUAUUUUUUCUUCAACAACUCUCGAGUCUUUUAGACCAGCAAAGGAAAAAGACAAAGCGCAAAGAAAGAUUCUGAGCAAUUCUAGCUGUAGAAGUAAGGCAAUGCUAUCGGUGCCUUCGCUUCCACACAGUUUUUCCAGGUCUUCAACCUCUUAGCUUCAGAUUUCGCUGCAAAACUACUUGUUUGAAGAGAAUAGGUUUUGCAGACAUGGGUAACCGGUUUAUUUGCAUGACUAAGAAAGAUUCAAAAGAUGUGGGAUCGAAAAGCAAGAGAAUGAAUCGAUCACAGAGGAAGCUGUUAGCUGAGGAAGAGUAUUUGCAUCGCCAAGCUCUGUCUAUGGCACUUCAACAGCAUCAAUUGUCUCAGAGGUUUGAGGGGUCGAUGUCGCGAAGAAUUGGAUCCACAAGCUCUAGGAGACGCAAUCUGCCUGAUUCGGUCACCAAUAAUAAACAGGACCCAGAAUUUCUGGAGAACAUAAAAAUAAAGAAGUUUGUUUUAGUCCAUGGAGAAGGUUUUGGAGCUUGGUGUUGGUACAAGACCGUAGCCCUUCUUGAAGAAUCAGGAUUGCUUCCUGUAGCAUUUGAUCUCACAGGUUCUGGAAUUGAUCUCACAGAUAUUAACAAGGUUACUACAUUGGCAGAGUAUUCAAAACCAUUGGUUGAUUAUCUUGAAAAGCUUCCUGAGGAUGAAAAGGUUAUUCUUGUUGGUCAUAGCAUUGGUGGUGCUUGCAUUUCUUAUGCAAUGGAACACUACUCCCAGAAGAUCUCAAAAGCAAUUUUCCUUUGUGCUACGAUGGUGACUGAUGGCCAAAAGCCAUUUCAUGUUUUUGCUGAUCAGCUUGGAUCUUCUGAACAGUUUAUGCGAGAAUCAAAGUUUUUGAUCCAUGGAAAUGGAAAAGAAAAGCCCCCAACAGGAUUUAUGUUUGAGAAAGAGCUGAUGAAAGGGUUAUAUUUUAACCAAUCCCCAGCCAAGGAUGUUGCAUUGGCCAUGGCUUCCAUGAGACCUAGCCCACUUGGUCCAAUCAUGGAGAAGCUGUCUUUGUCACCCGAGAAAUAUGGUUCAGGCCGGCGGUUUUAUAUUCAGACACUGGACGAUCAUGCGCUUUCACCGGAUGUUCAAGAGAAGCUGGUGAGGGAAAACCCACCAGAAGGAGUCUUCAAAAUCAAAGGCAGUGACCACUGUCCAUUCUUCUCUAAGCCACAAUCCCUCCACAAAAUUAUGAUGGAGAUAGCUCAAAUUCCUUAGAGUAAUGUUCAAAACAUCACUGUUACUUCCACGCCUAUAUUUAGAUUAAGAAGCUAGAAGAGCAUAGUCGACGAUUAUAUUUGUAUCUAGUUCACGGAAGCCCAAUUGGGUAUUGUAUUUUUAUUUCUUUCAUCUUUGAAAUAGAAAAUAGGAAUUAGCAUGAGUCUGUUUAUUAGUGAAAAGGCGCAGGUUUAAUCUUUUUUGUAACUUUCAUCAUGUGAAUAGUAAUUGCUGUUCCCUUGAUAUUAUUAUUAUUUUGCUUAAAGUACUGAAAAAGAUAUCUCUUCA